AUGAGUGGCAGCGGGAAAUGCCAAGACUCCCAAAGAUUGGGGCGAUAGAUCGGGGGGGCGCCCACUCUCCCCAGCUCUCUCUCCCCCUGGAUAGGCAACAUCAUUCGAGAAUUCAGCAGCUCCCCUGCCGGAAUUUUGUCAGCGGCAGUGUCAUCGGGGUUUAUUGACUCAAGAGGCUGUUUCGAUUGAUAGCCAAGCCCCGAUCUGCGUUGCCUGUCUAGCCCGAUGAUGUCGUAUGUGGCUAUGAUGUGUGCCACUUUUCUGGAAGGAGGAAGGGAAAGUCUGGGUCUGCUUUGCGAGCUCCACUGCUUGGCUGAGCGACUGUCUGUCUAUAUAAGAGGGGCUGACCACCCCGUUCCUUCUGAGUUCCUCAUCAAACAAACAAACCAUCUAUCCUCUAUCCAUCUUUCACAAUGGGUCUCUUUCACCACCACAACCACCACGAAAACCCCCCUCACCACGGCGGCCCCCAGGGCGGUCCUCCUGGCCCUGGCGGUCCCGGCGGUCCUCACGGUGGUCCUCAAGGCGGUCCUCACGGCGGCCCUGGAGGCCCCGGGGGUCCUGGCGGUCCUGAACACUUCGGUGGCCCUCAAGGCGGUCCUCACGGCGGUCCCGGCGGCCCUGGUGGCCCUGGCGGUCCUGGCGGCCCUCACGGUGGUCCUCACGGCGGCCCUGGAGGCCCUGGAGGCCCUGGUGGUCCCGGCGGCCCUCACGGUCACGGUGGCCCUCAAGGCGGUCCCGGCGGACGCUGGUAAAUACGAUCUUACCUACCUCCGACCACCAUUUCACCGCGCUUCGCCAGGAGUUGAAGCUUGCUUGGACUGUACAUACGUUGUUGGAUUUGACUGUGGUUGAGCAUGUCUUGCAUCACAUACAUUUGCCAUGAUUGAAUGGCUCAAAUACCCAAUACAAUCAGAAAUCAUAAUUCGACAAGUUGCUUAAACAUCCUCCUGAUCUUGUAUUUCUCCGG